AAGGAAUUGAAGUUGGGUGACGGAAGGACUUGAAGAAGAAACCGAACAUGUCGGGAGGCCAAGCGGCGACAAGUGCGUGGAGCGCAUGGCUGGAUCGGCUCGAGAACGCGAGAACAUCGGAGCAGAACUUGAGUUUGAAGAUACGAUCAGGAAACACGAGUAACAUAGGGACAAGCGUCUUCGCCCUUCAGCAAAGUAUGUCGCGCCUGAGGCGAGAGUACGACGCGAUGACGAGCGGCCCGACAUCGAAUGCCGUGGCCACACCCCAAGAAAUCCGCCGCCGAGAAGACCUCUUGCGAAACCUAGAGACCCAGACGAAGUCUCUCCUGGCUGCAUACAACAACCGCACUCAGGGGACCAAGGGGUCAUCCUCGCUCGAAUCGGGGGCCCAAAUGCUUCGCGUACAAAACCAAAUUAUGCUUGACCAAGACGACCAACUCCACUUGAUCGGCCAGGGUGUGUCCAACCUCAAGCAAUAUAGCUUGGCUGUCAAGAAUGAGGCUGACUUGCACGUCCGUCUACUCGACGACAUCAAUAUCGAGGUCGAUCGCGCAACCACGGGACUCGAGUCGGAGGGGGACCGUGCCCAAGUUCUCGCCAAGAAGAGCAGCAACUUUCGGUUGUACCUGGCCAUCGUUGUCUUGAGCGCCAUCUUAGUGUUUGAAUUGAUUAUUGGAGGAAGCAAAUAACACGACGCUACGCAAGGUCUCCCAUGCAUGUGCAGGCCGUCGUUCCAGCGGCGGCGUCGCGCAUCCUCCCAUGUUCAUCUUACUGGCAUUCCUGUGAAUAUUCCACAUGUCGAGAGAUUAAAUAAU